ACUGUGUGAAUUGAAAUGUUUUAUCGGUUAAAACACGAAAGUGGCGCAUGCGAUUUUGGCCAAAGCACCACGCGAGGGGUUCACCGUGACUGUUUAUUAAUUUUGAGAUUCAGUUAGUGAAUGAACUUUCGUUGGGAAAUACUCAAAAAUUGAAAGGGGUAGUUCAGGUGACUUUUUUUUUCUUGCCCGCUGGCAUCAUCAGCUUUCAAGUGUACGGAGUUUAAUGAUAGUUUGCAAAUUAAUGUGUAGUUUGUGGACAUACUCCAAGCACAUCUGAAUAACAUCUGACAGAAAUUAUCCGGUUGAAAUAUCAAAUGAUGAAUUUUCUGUUAAUUCCUCUUCUGUUGGUGGCUUUUGAAGAUGUUGUUGCAACUCCAGAUAUCAAUGAUCCUAGUUUUAGUGCACCAAUUGCAAAUAUUACAGUUCCUGUUGGACGUGAGGCAAUAAUGACGUGUAUUGUUCAUGAUUUGGCUUCUUUCAAGGUUGCCUUCCUGCGAGUUGAUACUCAGACCAUCCUCACAAUACAAUCCACGGUGAUCACGAAGAAUCAUCGGAUUGGAAUUACACACACGGAAAAUCGAAUCUGGCAGCUGAGAAUUAAGGAUGUUAGAGAGUCCGACAGAGGAUGGUACAUGUGCCAAAUUAAUACAGAUCCUAUGAAGAGUCAAGUGGGAUAUCUGGAUGUUGUUGUUCCCCCGGAUAUUCUUGAUUACCCCACGAGUCAGGACAUGAUCGUUCGCGAAGGAUACAACGUGAGCCUUCACUGUGCAGCCGUAGGCUCCCCUGAGCCAACAAUCACGUGGCGUCGCGAACGAGGGAAACCCCUUUUGUCCGUUGGAAGUCGCGAGAUAUUUAGCGCCGAAGGACCAUCGCUGAUGAUUCCGCGUGUCAAUCGGCAUCACAUGGGAGCAUACCUGUGCAUUGCAUCCAACGGAAUUCCACCCACAGUCAGCAAACGGAUAAUGGUGAUUGUCAAUUUUCCACCGACAAUUUGGGUGAGACAUCAGAGCUUUUUUGUUGCUAUCGGCCAGAAAAUUACCCUGGAAUGCAUCACGGAGAGUCAUCCGAAUUCCGUGAAUUAUUGGUUAAGAGGGAAAGGUGACAUUGUUCAAGGCGGAAGUUACGAACAGUUGAUGCUGGAAAAUGUCUUCAAAGUCGUCAUGAAACUCGUAAUUCGACCUGUGAAAGCCACAGAUUUUGGCAUCUACAAAUGCAUAGCGAAGAAUUCUCUUGGAGAAUCUGAAGAAACAAUUUCUGUUCAUCAUAAAUCAAAACCCGUUGAUUUGCUGGCCUAUCACCAACCAAAUCACAUCAGUGCAUCAUUUGCCAACAGUUCAACAUUUCGCAAUUCCGACUGGAAUUUGCAGCAUUUUUCGCAUUCCUGCACAAUGUCAAGCUUCAUCCCCAGAUCGUUUUUCCUCGUUUGGGGCAUUUUCCUCUUGUCGUGAUUUUUAGCAAUUGUCUAAAUUGGGAAACAAUCAGCCAAUUAUUUUUUUUUGUAAUUCCCAAAGAUCGAGAGAUGAUAAAUAAUCAUAACUCAUGUAAAUAAUUUUAAUUAAUUUGCGGGUAAAAUUGUAGGACACUGCAAUAGAUUAAUAUUGGGAUGUAGAGCAGCAAAAUUGAGCAUAAUUUGUAUUUAGUAAAUUUAGUGGUAAUAUAAAUUAUUCUCUGAACAAUUCCUUACAGUAAAUAAGAUUCAAUUGUAUAAUAAAAAAAAUAAGUUAAUAAAGUGAAGAAAAAUAGCAGGA